AUGACCGCCUCUACCGUCCAAUCAACCUCGUCAUCUUCCGGAUCAGUUCCCGCUGUCACAUCAAAUUCUGCUAUCUUCCGUGCUUUUCCUUCUUGCUUGGCCGUCUAUGCUCCUCUGAGGACAGUAUCCAAAAGAGAGUGGAACACAAGUCUCAACAUGCACCUGGCCGAAGACUUUAUUUUACUGAAGCAGAAGAAGCAACAUAAGAAGAUUGUCAAUGAGAUUCUUACUCCAGACCUCCCGGAAGACGUGGUUGAGAGUGUUUGGGGAUGUUUCAAAGGAGAUAUCAAAUCGUCGGAUGAUGUUCCAGUCAAGAAGGAAAUCGAGAUCCAGAGGCAAGCUGAUAAGAAGAAGAAUCCAAGUGUCACUGAUGUUCCAAUCAAGAAACAAUUCAACUGCCAAAAGAAUACUACCAAUAUGGAUAAGAAGAAGAAUCAAAUGGUUACGUUGAAACUCAUCACUCCUUCUUCAAUCUCUAUUCGGGCCUAUCCGAUCUUCCCUUCUUCCAAUACCAACAAGGAUGCUGCUCACUGCUCCACCACAUCUUCACCUAGUCCAUUCACCAUUGAUACGUCCGUCCCUCCACCGUCCUUCCUCACACCGCCUACAUCUGGACCCGCUUCCCCAACCACUACUACCAAGUCUCCAUCAUUCGCCUUCAACAUGGGAGUCGUCAAUGCACCAACUGCAGGAGUCAAGGUUGCCAAGAGGGAUCUAUCGGGUUCUGGAGAUGCUUUUGAGAUGAUCAUCGAUCAUAGCAAGCCAAAGAAGGUGAAAAUCUUCUCCCCAGAAGAAGUCAAGAAGCAGGAAAGUCUGGUUGACGAAUGGAAGCGCAAAAUUUUGGAGUCUCAGUGA